AUGUCAGAGUAUUUUUCAAGUUUUUCAUUCAAAAAUCUUGGUGAUUCUAUUGCCAAUGCUGCUCAUAGGACUCAAGAUAAGUUAAGCAAUGCAGUUGCCAACGUGAAUCUAAAUGAUCCGCAGACUAGACUAUCCAUCAAGACACGUACUAGAUAUUUAAAAGAGACAUUGGGUGCGGUUGAUGAGAUUAGUAAAUUACCACCCCAGUACGUUCUUUUAGAGAGAAAAUCUGAUGCCCUUGAGAAGGCAUGUAAAAGAAUGUUGUUAGUGACUCAAACUUUUGAAGUAGAAGGAUAUGAUUAUCCACCAAAUUUACCUGAAAGUUUCUCAGAUUGGUGGUCUGGUAGUAAAGAAGGAUGGUUUGGAUCAACAAAACAGGAUGAAGAUGGAGAAUCGAAGAUCCAAACCGAUGGAUCCUCUAAGGAUCCAUUAAUGCCACGUUCAUUUGCACAAGCGAUAGCCAAGGCAUCUCAUGAGUGUGGUGAAGCUUAUCAAAAUUCACAAAAAUCUGAAAAGAAACAAAUCGAUGAAGACGAAGAUGAUGUUAAUUUGGUUGAAAUGUUUAAUACAUUAUCGAUUUGCUACAGAAACAUCGAUGAAGGUAAGGAUGAAAUGGAUAAAUCAAUUGCUCGUGAAUUUAACGAUAAAUUAGAACAAUUGUUGAAUCGAGACUUUAAAAAGAUACACGUUUUGCGUAAUAAAGUGGAAAACUCUAGGCUAAAAUUCGAUACCAUGCGUUAUGAAAUGAGGUUGAAAGAGAAAGAAGAGAAAGAAGAGAAUGAAAAUACAGCAAACGCAGAUGAGGGACCUUCUAACAAAAAUCAACAAGAGCCUACCAAUGAACCCGCUAAAGAGGAGGAAAAGCCAACGCCUGCAGAACCAGCUGAAGCUCAGCAUACUACCAAGACAGAAAAUUCUAAUAAAGAACCGAUGGUAGAAAAACCUGAGGAUAACAAAUUACUCGAACAAUUGGAGGAUGAAUUUGUUUCCAAUACUAGUGAAGCAGUUGAAACAAUGACAUCUAUUGUAGAAGGUUCCGAAAUCUUAAGGUUAAUGAAACUUUUCCAAAACUUGCAAUUAGUCUACUAUAGACAAUGUGUGCAAGAGAUGGAAGCUAGUCUGAAGGGUUUGAAUGAUUUAGAAAAUUGA